UAAUAAACUUCAUAUAUUUGUUUUGAAAAAUUGUCUGUUUAUUUUCGUAUAAUUUAUUCUUUUUAAAUUUAUAUAAAAUUAAUUUACAUCUCUUAAAAGACAUAGCUUUUGGUAGUAGCAUAUUUACAAAAUUGUCCAGUGCUUUUUGGGCGCCAAAUGGCACAAUGGCGGAUGAUUCUAAUAGAUCACGUCUGUAUCAAUACCAGCACGACCGUUCGAGAUUUGCUUGCACCGUCUACACCUUGGCUGUAGUCUUCUUCGCACUCUCCAUCAUUCAAUGGAUAAUCAUGAUCGCAAUCGAUGGAUUGCGAGACUUUAUUACUGAUUUCUACUAUAUUUCAAUCGUUGCACUUUUUAUCAGCAUGAUACUGGUGACUGCCUUUGUGUUCUUUGAGAAUCUACGCUUUGCGGCACCAAUAAAUUGGUUAAUAGCAAUAAUAAUCGUCCUGAUGACAACUUGGGGCCUUUCACGAGCCAUUGUCGAGCCAAAUCUAGCGCUAUUCGUCAUAACUGUAGUAGUCGUGCUUUUCUUGACCCUGAUUUUCAUCCUCUUUGGUAUAUUUAUUAACCACGAUUUAACACUGGAUGUGGUGAUAAUGUUUGUGGCUGCAGUUAUAUUUUUUAUUACAUCAGUAUUCUUCGUGAUGAUGCAACUAUUGGCCGGCGUUAAGGUGGCGUUUUACAUUUAUUCAAUAUUCAUUUUAUUAACAGUGCUGAUGUUUCUCAUGUACCACGCGCAAACCAUAAAUGGCUAUCGUUAUGCUGAAAUGCGAAUCAAUGACUAUCUGCUGGCUGCGCUCAUCAUCUACCAUGAUAUGACUCUGCUGCUGAUCAUGUCCUUCUACUUGAUUGCCAAAUUAUAUGCUUUGGCUGGCGGCAAUGGCUUAAGUCUAUACGGUGAAUCAUGUUGUGCAAAUAUGACAAAUGCUCAGAACCGAACGUAUUAUUCCGAAAACAGAGCGAUGUUUCUUUAAUAAAAAAAAAGCCCAUAUUUUGAGUACAGCAACUAAACUGUUAUGGUGCGAUUUUCGACGUUAUUUGGAAAACUAUGUGAAAUCUCAACUUGUUUAUAAGGGCCAAUAUUAUGUAAAUAUGUAUAUAUGUAUGUAUAGGUGUACGAAUAUAUGUAUGUUAUGUAUCUGCUAAAUGUUAGUUAUAUCGUCUGUGCAUGAAUAAGAAAUGAAAAUUCAAAGUGUUUGCAAUUAAACAGUGUUGGAUAACACCGGAACAUUUA